AUGGACUCGACGGACACGGCAGGAUGUACGGGAGCCAGUGCGGCGGGCGCAAAGGUGCAGUACGCGCUUGUGGGCGAGAACGAGCUGGACGCAGUGAUGGCGCUGGAGGAGGUGGCGUUUCCGGCCGAUGAGGCCGCGAGUCGCGAUGGGAUGGCCAUGCGGCUGGCUCAGGCUGGCGAGUACUUUCUGGGGCUGUACGAGAGCGAGACGGAUGAGUUGGUUGGAUACGUGGCGGCGACACUCUCUGCUCAUGAUGUGCUCGAUCAUGAGUGCAUGUCGGCCCACGUCGCCGACGGCCACACGCUGUGCAUCCACUCGGUGGUGGUCGCCGAUCGGCUGCGGCGGCAGGGGCUUGCCGUCGCCAUGCUGAAGGAGUACGUGGCGCGGAUGGCUGCAAAGGACAAUGUCCGCUCGCUCCAGCUCAUUGCCAAGGAGUACCUGCAUGACCUGUACACAAAGGCCGGCUUUGAUCGGGUUGGCAAGUCGGACGUUGUCCACGGCGCAGACCCGUGGUUCCUGUACAAGAUCGAUGCGUAG